AUGGCUUCAACAACAGAAGAUCUAGGAGAAUCCGACGGGAACCACCCAGAAAGCCCACUACAUACUUCACUGGAAAAACAGGAGCAAACCAUAAUGACUACACCUCAGGGAUCACCGAGAUCCCAAAGAUCAGAUUUUUCCACACAAUCGGCAACUUCGUCGGCAGCUUCCUUUGACUUGGCUGGGCGCAUAAAAGCGUUUGAUUGUGCACAUACGCUUGUUGGAAAUCUUGGUAGAAAGGACCAUGGCGUAGGCUCUCCGAUGCACAGUCGGAAUCGGUCGUCUGGAAGUAAUAAGAAAUCGCCAUCGGACCUAAAUGAAAAUCGAGAUGAUGGCGAUGACAAGUUUAACACGGGUCUGAACGGUGCUCUGAGUAUGUUCUCGAAAGAAAGAAACCAUCAGACUGCUAAUAGCGGUGAUAAAGAAUCGGUCGUAUCUGCGGCAUCACGUUCAUCAUCCUCAGUGUCUCAGAGGAUUCUUCAUUUACAAAAGACGAGUCCUCAAGCAUCAUCCGCUGAUGCUGACAAGGAGUCAGUGGUAUCAUCAGCUUCUCGGAUAUCAUCACUCUCUCAGGCAAUUCUUCAAUUACAGAACGAGAAAGCCUCCAGCGCGGACAAGGACUCUGUCGUAUCAUCCGCAUCCCGCAUAUCAUCGUUAUCUCAAAAGAUUAUUCAGGAAUCAUCCAACGAUAAUGACAGAGACUCUGACAACUCUGUGGUAUCAUCAGCAUCUCUCAUUGCGUCAUUGUCAAACAAGAUUCUUCAGUUACAAAAGGAGGAAGCUUCCAGCGACGCUGACAAAGACUCGGUGCUGUCAUCAGCAUCCCUCAUAUCAUCAUUGUCUCAGAGGAUUCUUCAAAGAAGUAGUAGUGCUGCAUCACCAGUCAAUAAGCAGCGUCCAUCGUUCAAGUCACGAUCAUCGCAAAACAAACGGGCAUCGUUCGAACGUGUUGAAGAAUCGACACCAGAUGAUAAGGAAUCAUCGGCAUCGUCCUCUGGAUCUCAGGGAUCAUCCGUGGCGAAGAGGAUCAAGGCACUGCAAAAGAAUGAAUCGUCUGUCACCUCACCAAGGACAUCCUUCGCGUCUUCGGCAUCGCCAAGACCCUCUCAUUCGUCCUUUGGACAGGGAUCCACCACCAUUGACCGAAAUUCCAUGACCCGCAUACAGGCACGAAUCAAGGAACUCCAAUCCAGCGCAAGAACGUCGCCACGACCGCCACGGCCGUCCUUUGCCAAUCGAACAGCCACCACAACGAUGCCGAGUCCCAAUCCACAAGAGGCUAGCCGCUCCUCACGGCCAUUACCAGAUCCAUCAUCAAUCCAAAGAAGCCAACCAGCGGAAAAGCUAGACGAGUCAAUGACUUCCCCAACCUCUGUCCCGCCAACGGAAACAAUGGAAACUACACCUCAGAAUAUAUCGGAAAUGACCAUGGACGAAGAUGGUGAUGGUAAUGAAAAUGACAAACCACAAGUGGAAGUAUCCCUUCAAAAUGUAUCCGAAUUGUCCGCUUUGGCUGAUCCCAAUAACUUGUGGCCACCGACCAUUGAACGAUUUCCUACUACUUCUGCAGAUGCACCACCACCACCACUAGCACCCAAAGCUGGUUCUCAUGUCUCAUUGCCCAAUCCCAUUGCCUAUGCCAUGGAUGCCUUGCGACAAUAUGCUACUACUAGUACUAGUACUAGUACUACUCCUGCUGCUGCUGCUGGAUCUACAUCUGCGGCAGACGACGAAGAAUCAAGAAUAAACCGGCAGAACAACAACAACAGCAACAAUAACAAACGACCAUCGUCCCCCGAUUGGCUCCCUACGGAACAUUUUGCAGUCGCCGCUGCCCUAUUUCCUGAAAAUCAAUUUGAUGUGAAUGAUGGAAUGGUUGCUGCUGCUGCCAAGAACAACAACAUGGAGAACAACAAAUCCCUUCCAGAAGGAGACAUUCCUUCUUUUUUGAAACGAUCUCAUUCGGAUGGGGACCUUGAAAGUAAUUUUGGCUUUGACGAUCAUGGGUUUCCGAAAUUUCUAGCCUCCCAACGAGAACCAGAAGAUGAUGACAAUAAGGAAAUACCUCAUCACAUUCAAUUUGAUUCCUCCAGGAUGAUGGAAGAGGAAGAAGAAAACCGUGGUCCUACUACUAAUGGUAACAUAAUGGAACGCACAAGUUCCUGGAGGGAAUUGCGAGACGAAAUCUUCAAGUACAAUUGGAAAGACAAAUUACCAAUUUUGAUGGGCUGUUUGUUGAUAUUGAUUGGAAUUAUUGUGGGCAUUUCAUUGGCGGUAUCUUCGGCGGGUUCUUCGGAUGAUGAGCUGGUGGUAGGUCUCGAUGAUUUGAACUCCGCUCCAUCUACGAAACAGUGCGACUAUGUUGAAAACGGGUAUUCCAUUCCGGGAGAAGAAUCACUUUUUGAAGUGGACCUGAAUUGGUUGUUGGACGUUUCCUUGAUCGAUGCGCCCACGACUACGCUGCAAUUGACGACUCAAGUCCAAGAACUUUUUCAAUCCAAAGUAUUGCCCACUGUGGUGGGAUGUGACUCCAACGGUCGCGUAUUACAAGGUCAAUAUUUGGUGGUCAAUGGUUAUGUGUGGAGUGUCCGUGAGAUUGGCAAUUGCGAAUUGGGAGCCCCCAUGCCUUGUUCGAGACUCUUGGUGAGUUUUGUCUUGUGGACCAAAGAACGACGAGAUGCUCAAGCCAUGAAUACCUUUUGUGUGGCCAAUUUUGGAUUUGACGGUCUGGUAAAUCCCAUGGAGACUGGGGAUGACAUUCGGCAGGUAGAUCUAGUGAGUACGGUACUAUAA